AUGUUCGCCAAGGCCAAGGGGAUCCUUGAGAAAAGCUCGUCCAUCCGCGAUGAAGUCAGUCAAGGCAAUUACAAUGGCGCGAAAGAACUUGUGAAAGGCCAAUCCACCAAAGAAUCUACCAGCCAAGGAGACAAGGCCAAUGAGAUCCUAGACAAGAGCUCAUCAGCCCACGAUGAAGUCUCCCAAGGCAACUUUAAUGGUGCCAAAGAAGCUGUCACCCAGAGUCAAAGGAGUGAAGAAUCGACCGGCCAAGGAGUUGCCGGAGGAGCCAUUGGAGGAGCAUCGAGUAGCGUUGCUGGAAUAAACAAAGAGAACCUCAACACGGAGAAUGUUCAGGAGGCUGGAAAGCAAAUCGGCAAAGGAGAGAUCGACCAAGACAACAUCGGUACCUCCUCUACUGGCCAAACAAAAGGGGAGCAAAGAGACAUUAGCAACGUGAAGCGAGAAGCUGGCCAGAAACAGCAAGACAGCACCGAUGCAAAUCAAGACACUAGCUCUAAACAGUAUGACCGCAGGGCCAGUGUGGCAGCUGGAGAGCUUCAGCCCAAUUACGACAUCCGCAAGGGCCCCAUUACCAUGCCAGGCACUUUCCAAGAAAAGAACUUCCAUAGUGUGGGUGGCAAAGAAACUAUUAUUCAGAGAGGAACCAACAGCAAAGGAAUGCCCAGACAAGAACAGACCGAAAAUGCUCCCCAGGUUGCCUUCGCAGGAGCAGGAAGCGGUAACAAGGCCAGCUCAGCUCAGGAAAAGACCGAAAAAGCCGUCGCUGGAGGUGGCUUUAGCAAAGAAUCCAUUGAAAAAGAGAUUCACGACUAUGAUAAUCUCAGCCCAGACAUCUUCAGCGAUGGGGCCACCAGCAAGGAUCUAUCCAAGAAAUCCGCCGAUCAAGAUGUUGGAAAAUACCAUAUCGACAGAAAACAACUUGAUAAGCAGGGCUCUCAGCCUUCCCAGAAAGCAGGCACAGGCGAAGCUGCUGCUGCUGCUGCUCCCACCGCUGGCUAUGGUGCGAGCAAAGGUGUCACCAACCAGACCUCUACCACUAGAAAACGUAGCAAGAGGCACUCCAUCUCUGAAACCAACGCAGCAAGACCCCAAGAUCUUACCUCCACAAGCCCUAAAAGCAAUGUUACUUCCAACGUGGGGGAAUAUGGAUAUGCAAGUGGACAAGGAUUGGCCGCUUCAAACCAGACGAAUAGGGGGGAUAUUACUUGUGCCCGUGGGGCAUCUGAUCAAGGGUUCACUCCCCAGACCUUGACAGGCACAGGGUAUUCUACCACCUACGGAUCUAACCAAACCAGUGGUCUACGUUCUACGACCACAGGCCAGACAAACAGCGCCUUGUUCAAUACCAGCGCGACUGGAUCAAAAAAACCAGCUAUCGCCGGUGGAGGUGUUCUGGGACUUCACCAAGAUGGUAGCUAUGGUAUAUCCGGCAACGAGAACAGCGGAGUCAAUCAAAGAAGUAUUGUUGGUGGAGCAGGAAGUCAACAGAGUGGUGCUUAUGGCACCUCUAGCAAUGACGAUUUCAACAACGGAAUUACCAACGCUAGCUCUAAUUCAAAGAGUGGCUCUGCGAAUGGUGUGACCUCGAAGCGCAUUGUCAGACAGCUGAGUAGCAGUGGCUAUAAGGUCACUGUCCUCCAGGAGAAGGUUCAGGCGGUAUCCCAAAAGUGCAAAACUCAGCUGGGCUUGUCUUCUAGUCAGAUCAGCAAGCGUAGCACUACUGUUGAUGCUUUUUUCGAUGCCGUUGCAGCUGAACGUCUCCGGUGGAUGCCUCAUGAUGGUAGCAGACUCGACUGCAGCCUCAGAUGGGCGUCCAAACUGGCGUAUGCAGUCGACGCUCUUCGAGAGUCUGUCGGUAGCUUCGCUCCUGCUGCCAAUGAGGCAGCAUCGCUCAUCUGGGGAUUCUCUAUUCUCCUCCUGGAGUCUGAUAUGGACAAUACAGAUGUCUUCGAGAGCGUAUUUGGCCGUUAUGGCCGGGUUGCUGUCGGUGUCUACUUGCUUUUGCAGUAUGAUGUUGCGUAUAAAUCCUCCCCUGAACUGCAGCCAUAUGUCGCUGCGGUAUUCGCAGAUUUGCUUGAGAUGGUUAGUAGCACGGCUAUGAGCUGUAUCGAGGGAUUCAAAAGCAAAGAGUCCGAUCAAAUUAUCGGACGUAAUGCCGAUGCCGCUUUUGUGACCUACGCCAAGCGCUUUUCUACCCACUGGAACUGUGUUGUCGAUGCGCACACUGCGAAGCUCAUGGAUGGCAGCUCCCUGAUCUACUCCUCGCCCGAGCUGGGUAGUUUGCGUCAAUUCCUGGGAGUGCAGGACCGCCCUCUUCAGUUUAUCCUCGACUCUCGCGCUCACUCGCUUGCCGAGGGAUCGUUUGAGUGGUUCAAUAACACGCUCUACGACUUUGGUGUCACAAGCUCCCCUGUGAUGCUGAUUUCUGGUGGUCCUGGCUCAGGAAAGAGUGCACUGGCUCAAUGGGUGGUCGAAAGACUGCAGGAGUCAGCAGAGCACGAUAGCUGGAAUGUUAUCCCAUACACCAUUCGUGCUGAUAUUCCCGUCGCUACUUUGCCUCUACGCAUCCUGAAGGGUGUACUUCACCAGAUGUUGGAUCACUCUGUCAGUGACAAGCAAACCCAGGAGGCUAUCCUGGUUGAAGUCGCCAGAGCAGCCCAAGGGGCGAUUGAUGGCGCUGGAGAUGACGCAGUUGAAGCAAGCCUUUGGAGAGGUAUUCGUGCCGGUCUUGCUACGAAUAUCCAGUACAUGUUUGUGGUUGAUGGCAUUGACCAAAUCAGGGGUGGUCACGCCAACGCAAUUGCCUAUCUCAAUCGCUUCUGUGAGAUUCUCUUAGAACAGAAUGCUGGAUCUAAGAUGAUCGCUUUCACCCGGCCCCUGAGUUUGAAGAUCAACUCUAAAGGCGUUCAGCAGUUUACCCUGCAGACCUCCCAGACCAAGACCGAUCUGAUAGCGUAUGUCAACAAGAUGCUUGCAUCUAGCGCCAACUUUGACACUCACAAGGGCAAUCAGCUUCAAGCUGCUGUGUCUACCAUUGUAGCUCGCUCUCAGGGCUCUUUCAGUUGGACUGAGAUGGCAGUUGCAUAUGUCAAACAGCAAAAGACCCUGAGCCACGCUGUUGCGUCCAUUCAGAGCCUGCCACAGUCGAUGCCGGAACUUAUAAACUUCCACUCCAACACCCUCGACUUCAGCCAGCAGGGUACUUUUGAAAUUGUGUCCUGGCUCGCAGCAGCCGAGAGACCCCUGCUAGUUGAGGAGAUUGAGCACUUGCUGAAUGUGGAUCCCAAGGGCCCCUGCUACUCCUCCAGCCGAAUCACUAGUAGCUACGAUGCUUUGAGUGCUCUGAGCCCGCUAGUCAUGACCCACGAUGGUGUGGUCUCUUUUGCCCACACCUGCAUUCGCGACCACAUCAUAAAACAAGCCAAAUCAUCUGGUGGGCAGUCCCAGCUCAGUCUCAAGGAUGCACACUACGACUUGCUCACCAGGUGCCUUUCCUGCGUGCAGUUGGGUGUGCGUGAGGAGGUUGAUGUUUCCAUGGACAAGCUGGGUAUUGAGGAGCGCAACCAACUUUUCGACAAGUAUGUCGUUUUGGAAUACACCGCACGCUACUGGCUGUCGCAUCUUCUUUCUUCGCCCCUGGUUACCGAUGAUGAAGAGUUCCAAUUCAAUUCGAGCUUCACAAAGCUCAUGCCUGCCACUGUUCUCUUCGCGCGCCUUGAGUUGACUUGCCGCGAGUCCCAGUUCACUCGGUCCAGUGUCGUGGAGCUCUACAGGCUCGCGAGUGAUAUCCGCCGAUUGGUCCUGGGCGAGAAAUCUAUCGCCCUGCUAGAGAGUUUGGUGCUGAGCGCACGCGUGUCCAAGUUGGCGCAUGCCAGUCACGCCGAUGAGACCUGCUACGAAGCGUGGAGGCUGAGCCAGGAGCUUCUCGGCCAGUCUCAUCCGAUUACCCUGACGUGCUCUGAGAUGAUGAUACAGUCAUUCUCCGAGCGAGGCACGAUCACCUCUCAGCAGGAAGACAUUAUGAAGUACUUGAUCUUGACAGACUCUGAAAUCACCGGGGUAGAGUUUAACCAACGCCUGAAGUACCUUGGAAUGAUCGUCGGCAUGUAUAAGUCUCGCAACGAAAACCAAUCCGCGUUAUUCAUAUCGAAGCAAUUCUACCAGCAAGUUCUUCUAAAAUAUGGCACUAAUUCGCGCCAGUCAUCCGAGACAGCCGACUUCUUGACUAGCCGUUUCUCGACAACUGGAAGCGAUGAGAUGAGCCGUGAUAUUGCCAGAACCAAGUAUGACAAUAUGGUACGCACCAUGGAAGUGACUGACGAGCGCCGAAUUGCCUACACCCUGUAUAUGGCUAAGAUGUACGAGGAUCAGGGUGAUUUGGCUCAUGCUCAGGCAGUUCUUUCAAGUCUAUGGGCUGGCCUUAACUCGCGUGAUAUUGACUCGGUUGAUAUGAUGGACAAAAAAUCUAAUGUUGCCCUUGUAUACUACCAGUUCCUCCGCCGUCAGGACCGAAGUGAUGAAUCCGAAGUCAUCAUCCGUGAACUGGUUGCAGAUCUUGAGGUUACUGGUAUUCACUCCGAAGAGAUGAUGGAGCGCGUGCAUCUCCUUCGCGCUGAGACUCGGGAGAUGCUUUUGUACAACCUUGAUCGCUCCUUGUCUAUUCUCAUGUGGCGCUACUACAAGGAGACUCACCAAGAAUACUCAGAGGACGCAACCGCUCUGGCACUCUCCAUUGCCCAGAGCAUGGCUAAUGCAGUCUCCGUUGCGGAUGCAUCUUCUCUGUCUUCUCGGGACCGCAGGCUGCUGAUCGAGCUGCUGGACGGUAUCUCGGCCAGUCCCGAAAACAUGACUGUCACCACCUUGAUCUUGUGCCACAACCUUGCCAGCAUCUACGUGCGUGAGGGAAACUGGGUCCAAGCCAGCGAGUGCUCGAUGGCAGUUCUGCAGCACAUCUGGCCCACCGUUGAACAGGUCAAAUCUCACCAGAAGUUCUCUCCCGAGCUGGCACCUCCUGCGGCAGACCUGGCUUUGGUGUUGGCAUACUGCCACUUUCGCAGGUUGCAUCUUGAACAAGCUACAAUUGUUUACGAGAAUGCCUUUGGUUCUUUGAUCAACUCUGACAGAGCCCCUGUGCCGUCGGCGCUGGCCGUUGCCAAGGCCGUCGUCGAGUUCCAUGAGACUACCUACCAGUUCACCAAGGCGCUGAACUUGCUCCACACCAUGAGUAAUUUCUUGGCCACUCGUCUCGGAGAGACCCAUGAGCAUACCAUCGAAAACAUGUAUCUCGAGGCUGCUUUGGCCACUCGUCUUGAGAUGAACGGUGAGGCGAAGAGCAUAUACCAGCGCAUCUUCAAGGCUACCUCCCGUGCGAACAUCAUUGCUCCAGAGGGCAUGGACGCUGCAAUUGCCCUCAUCAAACUCUACGAAAAGGAAAAACAGUGGGAUUCUGCUUUGCAUGUUUACCGAUCUCUCUGGCCGACCCUGGUCGUCGAAGACAACAAGCUGGAUGCUUAUGAUCAUGAGCUUGUGGACCGGAUGCUGGAGAAGACUUAUCUCGGGUACAUGUCUAUUUUGACUACCCAAAAGAGCUCCGACUUCUCCGAGCGGUAUCGGGUUGCCUCGGAGUAUGUCAUGACCUGUCGCCACGUGCACGGCGCAACAAGCGAGAAGACGCUCAAUGCUACUUUGCUCUUUGCCGAGCUGUGUGAAUCCAGCGAUGCACACAUUGACCAAGCCAUCUCACUGUACAAGCUACCUCUGGAAACCAGCGAGUGGGUGGCUCCUGCUCAGUCGUCGAAGGGCCUCGACCAGAUGACUACACCACUGCCCAUCACCCUCAAGCACAAGUUGGCACAGCUGUUUGUGCGCAAGCAUGAUUCAACCGUCGAAGCCCGUUCCCUCUACACUGAAGAGUUCCAGCUGGCCAAGAAGAACCAGGGUUACUUCUCUACCACGACUCUCUCGUGGCUUCGUGAGCUAGCCCUCGCCCAUUCGCGACAGGGAACUUCUUCUUCUGUCCAGCAGGGCAACGCCAUUCUCCACGCCUAUUCUACCGAUGUUUUGCAUGCUGACGGUGACACUGAUACCAUUGGUGACUGGGCCCGCCGGAUCGCAAGUAUCUACCUCGAGUGCGGCUUUAUCGAAGGUGGUAACAACCUCCUCGACGAACUCCGCCAACGCGUGGUGUACCGCUCCGAAGCUUCCCCCGUUGAUAUGAGAGAUCGUCGCGAUGCCGUAUUUGUCGCUGCAUUUGAGGAAGUCUUUGGCCGGCGUGCCAGUUACGACCAGAUCAUGGCCGAGAUGAGUCGCGAGAUGACAAAUUCUCGGGCCUUUUCUCAGAGUCUCUCUGGCCACGACUUCGUUCCCACUCUGAUCGCUGGCCACAAGCUCUACAAUCUGCAGAUCGGUCAGAAGCGAGUUCGCCCUGCCAACGACACCAAGGACAAGCUGUACGAGUACUUCUGCUCUAACCUGUCCGCCACCCAGGUCGCCGACAAGGAAGUUGUGCAGCAGUUCUAUCAGAUCUGUUUGCGUGAGGUUCACAGAGAAAGCUAUGAUUUGAAUAUCCUCAAAACAACCACCAAUCUCGUUCGUGACCUGUGCAACUCCUCCCGCUUCCAGGAAGCCACCAUCCUGACAGGCGUCUUGCACUCCUUCCUGCAUCUGACCGACGGUCUUAACAACCAGGAGAGCAUCAACCUCGCCACUCAGCUCUGCCUGUACCUAAGCGGCCAUAAGGCAACCAGAUGCACCGACGAAAUGACCUACCAAGCCAUGUCCAUCAAGUCCAAGUUGCUUCUAGAAGAUAUCAUGGCAUCCUCUAAAUCCAUGGGCAUCGAGAUGGUAGACCUACCCUUCAACCAUCUCAACGACGUCAUCACUCUGCUAGGUCAGUACGAGAUGUUCGAGGAGCUAGAAAUAAUCCUCACCCAACUCUGGACCUCCCGAAUCGUCCAGCGCACCUGGACACCAGACGUGGUCGUAUGGAUCGGCCGACGACUAGUGGAAACCCGCUUCUGCCGGGGCAACGUUGAUUCCGCCAUCAAGCUCUGCCGCGACAUCUGCUACAACCUGCGCCAAGUAUGGGGCAGUUGUGACCCGGUCACACUGGACAUGACCAAGCUUCUCUCGGCCCUGUUCACGGCCUCGGAAAAUCACCAGGCGGCUGCGACUCUGCACGAAGGAAUCCUGUACGACUUGCUCGGCGAUUCCAAGGCCGAGGGCCAUCCACGUGUUGCUGAUACCGCGUCGCAGCAUAUGGAGCUGUUGCGUCGUGCCCAGGCUCGUUUGGGGACGGGCCAGACUUCGAGACGGGCGUCUGCGCAUGCGGAGCUGUUCCAGUCUGUGGCGAAUCGCUUUGGUGUGCAGUCUGAGCAGAUCAAGAGUGUUAGCGAGGCUCAUGGUGGUGACCAAUUUGGUGUUUGGUCUAAGCCUAGACGUUUCAGUAUUGAUGUUGAGGACAUGGAGGAGGAGAGUCAGACGCACCGUAACCAUUUGCGGGAGUCUAGUGGUGCUGGGUUAGGUGGUAAUGGUUCUCAGAGACGUAUCUCAGUGCAGGCUCUCUAG